AUGGAAAUCUUCGAUCUCUCGCUCACCCCUCCAUCGCACACUCCUCCAUUGCCGACUCCACCACCGUCCACCCUCUCAUCGAGCCCGUCCGACUGGCGAAAGAUCCCUUAUGCUAUUGACGUCCCCGCCGACGAUGAAGAUACCGCAUUCCACGAUAUCGCCGAAAAAGACGCCAACGGAAACGCCAUGCACCAGACUCGCAAGAUAGAUCUCCUGAUGGCCGAGUUCACUAGGGGAUUCGACCCAAGCACGUUCCAAGCUGAGCUUAUGGCGGAACUUCCAGAAUUGGUCAAGAACGUGCUCCCGGGAUCCUAUGAGCAACUUCUCGUGAUUCUCCUGGAAAAAUCCAAAAACGUGGACAAGAUUCAGAGUAAACUGCGGGAAUGGCUCCGCAAGCGUUACCCGCAGCUCAUGAGCACUUUCCCAAUCGGCACCGAAACAAUGGAUGAGAGUUACUUUUUGACGGAGAUUCAGAUACUGAGAAAAUUGUUGGAGCCUCUGCGUAGUGAGCCAAGUACGCCGAUUUACUGGAUGAAUACUAGACGUACCAGCGUCUGCGAGCAACUGGAAGCAGCUGUGAAGGUCAUAGAGGAGUUUAAACUAGACAUUCUGGAAGCGCUCGAGAAUGAUACGGAAGACAGAAGCUGCUAUAGUACCCUUCCCGUGUCUAACCCCCGGAGCUCAUUGAUGAGCAUGAAAGAAGUUCGCAUUGAAGCCUGCAAAGCGUCACUCAAGUGGGACGGGCUUGCUCACGCAGAAAUCGAGUUGACAAAGUUCUAUCACUUCUACAGGAACGAUCUCAUCAAGAAUCGGCCGGAGAAGGCGCGUGAGGAGGGAUGGCUUCCACCGACUACAACCAAGAUACCUCGUUCAUCUACGGAAAUGUCGGAAGAAGGCGAUCUCGUGGUCUGGCCAACUCACAAAGGCAACGAGAAGCUUUUCAAUAUGCUACUCAAGACUGCACUUUGGUUGGCUAUGGCUCGAGGACUGGCCGCGGUCCAUCUAUUUUGCGAUGUCGCCAGACUUUUCACAGCCCAUGAGCCCUCCAAGGAGGCCAACAAAGCUUAUAUCAAUUUCCUGAGACACCUGGCCCAGAUCAGAGCCAACGACAGAGCUCAGCUCGAUGUCGACGCUCCGUUUCCCUACAGCGAUAGUCUCUUGGCUAACUGGAACCCUGACUACUUCAAAGAUGUGUGGAAGGUAAACCGCACUUUGAUGGCCAAAUUGAAUGAAUGCCCAUCUCUUCUAGUGAAGAAGAAGGAAUCACCACCUUCAAGUCCUACUAGUUCCUGCAAAGACGCUCAAAUAUUCUUGAGGGCCCGUUCAGGGUCCGCCUCUUGGCCCAGGACUGCUACUGCCUACGUGAAUCGGGGUUCUUCGGUAUACGAGGAAAGUACGGUAGCGCCCCGUCGUGUGAUUCCAAGAUCUCGGUCCACCACUGGCUUUCAGGUGAAGACGCCUUGGCCUUCGCGACACAACGGUGUUCUGGACGCUGACGAGGACGUAUCCAACGAGCAACUUUAG